AUGGUUUUUGGUGUAUCAAAGGUGAAGAAUACUUGUAGUGAAGAAACUGCAACAAAAUUAUCAGUUGAUGAUGAAAAACAAGAGGAGGAAAACAAUUUGUGCAUUUCUUCGAUUCGAUGUUCGAGGAAGAAGCUUCUUGUUCUUGAUAUUAAUGGACUUCUUGCUGACAUUGUUUCUCCACCUCCCAAGAAUGUUACAAGGGAUGCAACCAUUUCGAGAAAAGCUUUAUUCAAGAGACCUUUUUAUCUUGAGUUUCUGAAAUUCUGCUUUGAGAGAUUUGAUGUGGCUGUGUGGUCUUCAAGAUUGAAAAAAUAUGUGGAUAUGGUAGUUGAUUAUUUGAUGGGAGACAUGAAACAAAAGUUGAUUUUCUGUUGGGAUGUGUCUCAUUGUACUGAAACAAAUUUCAGAACACUUGAAAACAGACACAAACCACUUGUUUUUAAGGAUUUAAGAAAAAUUUGGGACAAAUAUGAUCCUAACCUUCCUUGGGAGAAGGGAUAUUACAAUGACUCAAACACAUUGCUUUUGGAUGAUUCUCCCUACAAGGCAUUGCUUAAUCCGCCAUACAAUUCAGUAUUUCCUCAUACAUACAGUUAUGAGAAUCAGAAUGACAUUUCACUAGCUGCGGGAGGUAAUCUCCGACGAUAUCUGGAUGGAGUGGCAAAUGCCGAAAAUAUGGUGAAGUAUGUAGAAGAGCAUCCAUUUGGUCAAGAACGGAUUAACGAAAGAAGCGAUUCUUGGAAUUUCUACCUAAAUGUUAUCAACAGUCUUACAGUUUGUCGACAUGAAAAGUGA